GUAACGAAGCGGAGGCCAACCGGACGCCUUACGCCGAUUGCGCAGGCGCUGCGCCAUCCGCGCGGGCCCUUACGCCGAUUGCGCGGGCGCUACGCCACCCCCGCGGGGCCUUACGCCGGUUGCGCAGGCGCCGGCAGCCCUUUACCCGUAGGCGCGGGGCGGCGGCCGCUACGCCGUUUGCGUGGCGCGCGCUGUUGGCGCGGCGGCGGCGGCGGGGGCGGGGCCGUAUCCGUGCGCCGCGCACGCACCCUCCGGUCCCGGCCCGGUCCCGGUCCCGGUCCCGGUCCCGGCCCGGCCAUGAAGUUCCUAUACAAGGAGGAGCACCCGUUCGAGAAGCGCCGCUGCGAGGGCGAGAAGAUCCGUAAAAAGUACCCGGACCGUGUCCCGGUCAUCGUGGAGAAGGCGCCGAAGGCCCGAAUCGGGGACCUGGACAAGAAGAAGUACCUGGUGCCCUCGGACCUGACAGUGGGCCAGUUUUACUUCCUGAUCCGGAAGCGGAUCCACCUGCGGGCCGAGGACGCGCUUUUCUUCUUCGUCAACAACGUCAUCCCCCCCACCAGCGCCACCAUGGGCCAGCUCUACCAGGAGCACCACGAGGAGGAUUUCUUCCUGUACAUCGCCUACAGCGACGAGAGCGUCUAUGGGGCCUGAGCCCCCCCCCCACGCCCCCCCCCGGCCCCUCGGCCUCGGCCUCAAUAAACGCGACGGAGCCGCC